UGAAAAGACGAAAAUACCCUCCCUCCACCUUCCUUCGCAAUCUUGUAUCUGGUUUUUACUUCUGCAAAUCAUUCCUUUCAAAGCCCUAGAAAUCUAGGGUUCCAUCUAUCGAAUCUCCAUCACCAUAUUCAACUGAAAAAUGGCAAACAUCAACAACAAAGGAGAACCCAAUACAGCUCCUCAGCCCGAUCGAUGGUAUAACCUAACCCUAGGUUCCUCCUUCAAAGAACAUCAUCCCUCUUCCAAGUUCUGCACUUUACGUUAUGAAUUUAAACCAGCCUCAAUUGAUAAGAACCAACCGGGAUCAUUACACAAGAAUAAGGGAAAUAGGGUUACUGUAGAGUUCCACAACAACCAACAUGGAAAGCCCAAAGUGACCUUUGAUGGUAGCAGUGAGGACUACAAGGAAAAUGAUGCAGUUUUGUUCUUUGAUGGAGAGACCUUUCGGUUAGAAAGGUUGCACAGGGCGGUGAAGCGGUUGAGGCAUGUUCGGCUACCUGGUGAGUCUGCAGCAGUGGCUACUUCAGUUGAACCAGCUGCAGAAUCUGGUUCACCGCCAGUUGCGAAAGCAGCUAAAUUUCAGCCUUUGAGUAAAAGUGUGCUUCAUUCAAUGCCGGUCGAAGUGGAACGAAUUGAAAUUGGUGACUUCAAGAACUCAGAUCCGAAACCAAAGAAUGAGAAGGUUAUUGAUUAUCCAUCUGCUCAUCCAAAUCCAUCAACCACGUCACCAGACCUUAAGAAUGACGAUCUGGAGGAACAGUUAGAUAUACUUAAUGACGACGACGAUGAUGGCAGUGGAGCAGCUGAUAGAGGGAAUGCUGCUGAAAAAGCGAUCCAAACUGAUAUUGAUAUUAACUUGCCACAUCAAAAUGAUACGGAUGAUGAGAUUGCGGAUGUAGAUGUCAGUGAUGAUGAAGUGGAUAAGGGCCGUAAUGCAGCAGAAGCCCUUAGAGCACAGGUAAAUGCAGAGGGAAGACAUGGGCGAACUUCAAGCUCGAGCAGCAGCGGGAGUGAGAGUAGUGGGAGUGGGAGUGGCAGUGGGAGUGGGAGUGGCAGUGGGAGCAGUAGUAGUGACAGUGAAAGCAGUGAUGGUGAUUCCGUCAAUUCUAUCUAAGAGACGAAGUCACAUUGGUCACCUCAGAUUGAAUUCCUCAAAAUUGACUACAAAAAACAAAGUGUGGUUAUUAGUUAUUACUCCUUCAGGAGAGGAUGCAAAAUGCAGUAAGCUGCAAAACCCUGGAAAUCCACCUCCUCAAGCGCCGGAGGAUAUCGAAUGCUGAAUUUGGUUACACAGUACAUUCUUGGAGGAAUCCUGCAAUUUGAGUAUUGUGUAUGCUUAUGUAAGUGUCUUUUUUUGGGCAACUCAGCUCUUUUCCCCUUCCAAUACCCAAUGGGGUAACUUUUAUAUAAAAUCAAUUAUAACCUAAAAA